AUGGCGGACACAGAACUUACAAGGACUGUUUUAGGAGUUAUUGGAAACAUCAUAUCUUUUUGCAUGUUCCUCUCGCCAGCCCCAACAUUUGCAAAAAUAUGGAAAGCCAAGUCAGUUCAGCAUUUCAAGCCAGACCCCUACCUUGCGACGAUAUUGAAUUGUGCAUUGUGGGUAUUUUAUGGCCUUCCUAUCGUCAAAGAGGAUAGCAUUUUGGUUUCCACUAUCAAUGGUGUGGGAUUUGCCAUAGAAGUUAUCUUUAUCGCCAUAUUCGUCAUAUACUCCGACUGGCCAAAACGACGCAAAAUCUUCAUGUUCCUCGUGAUCGAAGCAAUCUUCUUUGCCAUAGUUGUUAUUAUUACCGUAGCUGCUCUUCAUGGCAACCAGAGGUCUUUGUUUGUUGGUGUAUUGUCCCUCAUCUUCAACAUCAUGAUGUAUUUUUCGCCAUUGACUAUCAUGCGUCGAGUAAUCCAGACCAAGAGUGUGAAAUACAUGCCAUUUUAUUUGUCACUUGCUAAUUUUGCCAAUGGUGGUAUUUGGUUUUCUUAUGCUUUCCUCAAAUUUGACCCCUGGCUUGUGAUACCUAAUGGUUGUGGUGCUGUUGCUGGACUAACUCAACUCAUACUAUAUGCUACUUAUUAUCGCUCAACAAACUGGGACGAAGAAGAAAAUCCCAAGGAAGUCCAACUAUCCUCUGAAGCCUAA